AUGAAAGUAGGGGGGAAGAGAACUGUGCUUGUUCCUCCAGAGGCAGGAUACGGCAAAAAAGGGAUGAAUGAGAUACCGAGAUCGAGCCAAAGCAGACUGGAACAUAGUGUUUCUAGGCUUAGUUGUGCCAUAUUUCAAUGCAGGCAUGCCAACCUGCGAGCGUGCAAGCAAAUUGAUCAUGCAGAUGAAAAGUUUGACAAAUCUAUGACCAAGAAUCUCAGCAUGCUCAGAGAAGCAAAGAAUGUGUACUAUGUUGAACAAGACUACUUGUAGAGGAGAACAGUGAAAGUGGGAAAAAUCUGUAGUGAUCUUAUGCUCAAAUACCAAUCAACCUAGAUUCAUUUCCAGGUAACAUGCACCAACAAAGUUUGUUUGCUCAUGAAACCACUUGCAA